AUGCGUCAGCUGGGUGCCGACGGUGGCACCUGGACUGGCCAGUUACUGGUCGCACCUGAUGGCACCCGGUCAAGCGGACACGGGUGUCGGGGUCACGGGCAAGGAGUGUCCACCUCCAAGUCCAAGACAGCCAGCCACGCGUACGAACUCCUGGGACUGCUGCACAGACAGACGCAAGCAGCAGGAUUCGCCGUGGUCCAGACCUCCAGGGCCUACCCCAUCCACCCGUCGGCUCACGGGUACGGGUACGCGCUGGCUCAAGCACAUGCUCAUCGACCUUUCUCUCCCCCGUCGUCUGCCAGCGCCUCGGGCCUGGCCCCCUUGCAGAAGCUCUGUGCCUCGGACAGUUCUGCCUUCAAGUCGAGGGGCGAAUCCAGCGGAGUCUGCAGCUCCUCGCCGGAGUCAGGAACCAAGGCGCUGAAGUUCGGAAUCAGCAGGAUCCUGGACGAGGAUUUCGGGAAAAGCAGAAACGAAAAAGCAGCGUGCCCGAGGCGAAGUAGGAACUACCCUCUGUGUCCCUGCCACUCUCCUACCUGCACCGCAUCCUCCGCCUUCCACCCCGCAGCUCUGUCCGCUGUGCACGCGCUGCAGCCACCCCAGUACCCGCCUCCCACGUGUGACGGCUUGCCAGGUCCUUAUUCUGUCCUCAACGCAGACACGGGCAAUGGGGGUCAGCCAAAGCGCAAAAGGUCAUGGUCCCGAGCUGUCUUCUCCAACCUGCAGCGCAAAGGUCUCGAGCGCCGCUUCGCCGUGCAGAAGUACGUCACCAAGCCGGACAGACGGCAGUUGGCAGCCAUGUUGGGUCUUACUGACGCCCAGGUGAAAGUCUGGUUCCAGAACAGGCGCAUGAAAUGGCGUCACGCGCAACAGAGAGCAAAAGCUCCGGGUCAAGGGUCAGAGGGAGAGAACGUGGAAGACGCAGGCGCAGGUGAGCAGUCGUCAUCUGACGUAACCAGCGCCACGUCAGCAGACACCAAAGUCGGCGGGUCGUCAGGUCACAGUGAAAAGGACUCUGCCGCUAAGAGAAGCAGCGAGGCAUCACCCGACCCGUCCGAGAAGAUGUCCGCCAACGGACGGGACGCGGCCAAUCCGGGCGUUACGUCAUCACCAACGGCGUGCCUAGCCGGAAGUGACGCAUUAGCACGUGUGGAGGAGGACCAGGACAGGGUAGGUCCAGACAGCGAUGACGACGACGACCUUGGGCACUGCGAGGUGGAGGUGGAGUCAGUGUCCGGAGACAGCGAGGAGGAGAUGGACGACACCAUUUCGCCGUGAGGACGCCGACCCCGUUCUUCUACCCACACACCCCUUCUCCACCCCUGCACCCUCUACCCAAGCAUUUCUGGACCCUGCGGAUGACGUCACGGUAAAGCCUGGACCAGCAGCUCCAUCCCAGCAUGCACUCUGCAUGUCGGUAAUGCUGUGAACGCAGACGUCGUGGCCAUCACACAGCGAAUGAAGAAGUCUAAUUUAUUUCACACCCACUGAUUGCGAUGGUGGGAGGAAACGAGUCACGUGAGCAGCUGGUUCGAGAAGGAUUUUGAUCCUUGAAAAACGAUGUCUUCAACGAUAGAAACAAUGAUGGUGGUGUUUCUGACUUAACGCUGCACAUCCGCGAAAUGUCUUCCGGUGGCAAAGCAACUGUUGAAACCAUGAACAAUGUAUUAAAUAUAACGAUGUAUACAACACUAACGGCGGCAGUGAAAAGUAGUGCAGCCGCUGUGAGUUGUUUUCCUCCCCUCUCCUAUUCCUACCCUGUCCUAACCUGUUAUACCCUGACCUACCCAGUCCUGCAACUCCUUCCUUCAUCUUUCCGCAAGCUUGUCGACAUGUUGACUCCAUGUACUCCAUGACUCGCUACAUGAAGACCAGUUGUCAUGGUCUGUUGGCCUGAUGAAGACAUGUUUAUUUGUACGACAACUCAUUGUGUUGCAAGACUUAUUGUUUACUGACAUGUUGUUGUGAUUGUUAUGAACCGCCCGGCAGAGCUUGCCUAGAAGUCUCGGUGCUACAGCGCUCACCUUAUCUUUUAUCAACUGUGCCUUUCAUUAACCCACAGAACCGUUCAACGAUAUUUAACUGUAACCCACUGGUGCCUUUUGCUUGUAUGACGUCACGGUGACGUACGUUUAGUGCAGCCGUAGCCUUAUCUUACGAUUACGAUGUUGAGGUUUUGUUUCUUCUGUAUGCUGCUGAGCUCUUCGGGAAGUGUCUGCAAUUUCAAAAACUGGUUUCUCAAAAAUGACAUUACAGUUGUGUUGUAAACAGUUUGAUAAAAUGGCGUCCAACUAAUGAUCACCCUUUAUCCUAUCAUCAUCAUUAUUACCAUCUUACCUCCCUUCCUUUAUUUAUCUUUCGCGUUAUUUCACACUUAACGAAGAAAACUUUCUUCAUCUUUAGCAGCCAUUCUUUUCCAUGUGAUUCAUGAACCCUAACCCUAACCCCCCUUGUUAGCCCAUCAUUCAUUCCUUUGUAUUAAUUCGCCCUUUUGCUCAUCCAUUUAUUUCUCUCUUGUCAUCUAAGAUGUUUACUGCAUAGAAAUACAGUUGUAUCAUGGUUGUGUCUGUUUAACUAGGGUGUCGUGGACAUUUCAAUGACCAAAUAAAAGGUCCUGUCCAUUCUAACACUGAGGAGGUUGGACGUUUUUCGUGCACCUCCCCUCCUCCACGCCCCCGCUUCCUAUGUAUCAUCCUCUGUUCCUCCACGAAGCGACAAACUUUCUUUGUCUGUCUUCAGAACUAGCGGUAACUUCAAGUUCUCAACAUUUUAAAUAGUAAAUCAAUGUUAAUGGAAAGGACAACAUUCUAAUUCUGGAAGUUGUGUCUCUUUAUUUAAAAUACUCUUUUCUUUUUGGAGAAUCUUCAGAUAUACAGCAUUGCCUUAAUGUAACAAUUUAUAUUUUUAUUUCUUAACCUGCUUUAAAUAAUUUAAAAUUUUCAAAACGGUGAAAUUUUCUUUAUGUCAAAAAAAAAACCCAACAAAAAACAACAAACAAACAAACAAAACAAAAUCGGUAUCUUUUCAUCCUCAAGAGAAAUGUUAACUCACCAUUGCAAAGAGAGCAAUUCUCGGCAAAAGUACAGAAGAAUUCUUUAAAGUAUUUUGGUAAAAGAUGGAUUUUGUUUUUUGUGUGCAUGUCUUUACUGUAAAUUAUUUGUGCUAUAAAAAGUAUUUAUGUCUCAUACAGAUGUUCACAAAAGCAAUUUUGCAAUUACUAUUAAGUUUGCAGUAGAAGAAGUAAUAAAACUGGUUCUUAAACUUG